GGAAGGAGGAAUAAACAGUACGGUUGAAGAAAUAAAGGCGAAAGAAAGAAACAAGCAGCGGGCCAUGGGUCAGCAGCUGAGUGAAGAUAACGAGAAGGUUGAGAUUGGCGUGGCCGAGCUCCAGGAGUGGUAUAAGAAGUUCGUGGUGGAGUGCCCCAGCGGGACUCUCUUCAUGCACGAGUUCAAGGGCUUCUUCGGGGUGACGGACAAUCACGAGGCGUCCGAGUACAUCGAGAACAUGUUCCGCGCCUUCGACAAGAAUGGGGACAACAUGAUUGACUUCCUGGAAUACGUGGCAGCGCUGAACCUGGUGUUGAGAGGGAAGCUGGAGCACAAGCUGAAGUGGAGCUUUAAGAUGUACGACAAGGACGGGAAUGGCUGCAUUGACAAGACAGAGCUGCUGGAGAUUGUGGAGGCUAUAUACCGACUGAAGAAAGCCUGCCAUGGGGAGACGGGGGAUGCCUGCCUCCUGCUCACCCCUGACCAAGUCGUCGACAGGAUAUUCCAAUUAGUCGAUGUGAACAAAGACGGCCAGCUCUCCCUGGAUGAGUUCAUUGACGGGGCGCAGAGAGACAAGUGGGUGAUGAAGAUGCUUCAGAUGGAUGUGAACCCGGGGGGCUGGAUCAGUGAGCAGAGAAGGAAGAGCACUUUAUUCUGAAGGAGCUCACACCAAAGGGCUUGCUACCGAGCUCUCCCCCUACCUGACGACCUUCCCUGCCCUGUCCUGCCCUGUCUGUUGUUUUAUUCUUUCCGUCUUGGUGUUUUUGUUGUUUCGUUUCACAUCUCAGGCUUCUGAAAUUGUAACGCUAGGUGUGUUUGCACUAGAACAUUCACUAGGGAUGCAUGUAUGUCUAUGAAGUACACUGCCUGACUGUUUUAUUAGGACCCGGCUGCUUUACUGGCUUGGCCCCUGAUCACUGCCUUGAUUCCACAAGGGCCUCAGAGGAUGUUUUUAGCAGCUCACGCAGGUGUGGUGGCCACGGAAGAUCUCAGACAUCUCUGUCCAUCUCCUCAAGCCAUUCUCACACAGUGGCUGGGUUAGUGAUCAGCAUCAAGAUACAAGUGACUCCAUGGUAGGUGGACUUGAUCCACAACAAUGCUUAAUUACACUGGACUGCUCCUGUUCCUUCCAAAGGACCUCCUCCAAGUCUCUCCAGAGUUUCUUCCAGCGUACAUGUGGCCUUCAUCUUCUUCAUGUUACAACGUGGUCUUUGCUUCCUAACGCUUACU